UCUGAGAACGGAAACAUGGCGCUGGAAACAUGUAUUGCUUUUUUAUUGGCAGACAGUUACGAUACUGACGAUUGUUUAAUUCUCAAGAAAAAUAAAUUUCGUAAACGCCGGAAAACAAGAAUGAAGCAGGAACUUCAACUGAAUGACAAUAUGCAAAGAGGUCAUGGCGAAAGACACAUUUUCAAUACAGUGCUUCACAGCCUGUCAAUCUGUGAGUUUAAGAGUCACUUCCUGCUAACACCAACCCAAACUGAGGAGUUGGUACGUCUGCUGGCACCCUUUAAAUGGUCUGCUAUUAGGCAGGAGGGAUGGACAGUGUGGCAUGGAGUUCUUGCAAGUCUUUGGGCUCUGUCAACCAAGGAGUCUUAUCAAAGCGUAGCAUGCCGCUUCCACGUCACAGAGUCACUCAUUUGUGAUCAGCUGGAUGAAUUCUGCACCCUUGUUACCAGCAACUUGGCUAACGCAAUUCACUGGCCCCAGGGGGAGGAAGCAGAAACUUCUGUGGAUGGGUUCUUUUCCACUGUGGGUUUACCAGACACUCUCUGUGUAGUAGGUACCGGUUUCAUUCCUAUUGAAAAACCCACCGAUGUGCCAGACCCAGAGGUUUAUAAAGACGCAGGGCAGUCCUACUUUGUCAAAAUCAUGGCUUUUUGCAACCAUAGGGGUCGUUUUACCUAUGUGGCUGCACAACACCCUAGAAACUGGCAUAACUCAAGGAUCCUGUUAGCCACAGAGGUUGGCAAAGCACUGCAGGAAGACCCAGUGGCACUGCUACAUGGCAAACACAUCGUAGGUGAUUCCACCUUCCCACUUUCAGAGCACUUUCUUACCCCGUUCCCUGAUCAUGGAACACUAGGACAGAAAAAGGUGUGUUAUAACCAGAAAGUGCACGCAGCUCUUACAGUGGUACAAGGCUCCAUCCAUAAUCUGAGGUCUUGCUUUCAAAGGAUUGAAUGUCUGCAGAAGCAUUCCAUAUGCCAAACCAAGACAGCCAUUGAGGCCUGCUGUAUUCUCCACAGCAUGUUCCUAGAAACCUAUAAUGUGCCAGUGGACUGCAUGGAGGACGACGUAACCCAAGAACCUUUCCAUGAACUACCCUAUGGGCACUCAGGAAGUCUUGGUGGAAUAUCUAAAAGACAAGACAUUGCAGCCUCACUUGGGCGAAGCACUAAAAAAAGGAAAUAUAUGUACAAGUAAAUAUUUAUAUGAAAUUGAAGCUGUAACAUUAUCAUACACAAGGUUUCAUGUGAUAAUGUUUGGGAAAAUAUAUCUUAGAUCAUACUUUAAUGGUUUAACAUUUACAUGUCUUAUAUGUUGGCUAAAUAAGGCAAAAAGCACAAACAUAUAUUUAUUUUAAUGUAUACAUUAACACUGCAAAACCAUGCAUGUAAUAUGCUGGAGUGAAGUGUUUUUUGCAAAUUCUGCCUAAUUACAAGAUUAAAAAGGACAUCUAACUAUUUGCUUAAUCUUUUAGUAUUUAAGGGGGUUGACUACAAAACAUUUAUAGUGUUUGUUCUUGUGAACUACACAACGUCUGUGUACUGUGUACAGGCUGAAAAGAAUCUGCUUCACACCAAUAUUUGUUGUUGCUUUUUUUAUUGUAAACAGACCAAUACAAUAAAAUAAAAA